AUGUCCCUCUCAUCAGACCGCGCAAGAUGUCUUGCAGUUACUUUCCGUCAGCACGUACAACCGUCACGCUUUACUUUGCAUGUGUUUGAUUUGUUUAUUUCCUUCAAGUAUAUCAACGUCACACAUCAACAUAAUUCAUGGCUUUUUCAAGCUAUCCAAAAUUGUUAUCUUAUUGGUCAUGUUGAACCAUACUUAUUAUUAAUAGGUGGAUCUUCCGCACAUUUGCAAACCAUAAAGUUAUCAUGGGAUAGAGGUCAACUUAAAUCUCCUUUUGGUUUCUCAAUUAACUCAGUGUCAGAUGUUGGUUCUUGGCUGUUGGAGACUUCUCAGUUUAAUGCGAUGCGUUUAGAGGAAGUUAUCUGUCAACUAGUUUGGCAAGUUACACAAUCUGAACCUAGUUGUUCAGUGGAACGUCUAGUCAAAUAUCUUGAAGACGUAUAUCGUGGCAUACAGCUUCCUGUCCCUUCACUAAAUGAUGUGAAUAAUUCUUUGGCCGUCUUAACUCAAGCUGGAGCGAUAUAUUUUAGCGGUCACGGAUACAAUCUUCUGACACCUGAAAAGUUAGCCGUUGCAAAAUGGCUUGAAAGUAUACCGGAAACAUGUACAGACACUGAAAGUGUCUUGGAUUACCCUAUUUUAAAAACGGCACCUCUAGCAGAAAUAGAGCCAUUUGGACGAAAUGCAUCCUUAUCUGAUCCAGUUAACCGUUGUGAUCUUGUUCAAAACAACGACCAACUUCGCAAUGCUAAACAUAAAAUUGGAAAUUCUACAUAUUAUCGAAAUGCUAGUGCUCUGGUGCCAGUUCCCGAAAAUCUAGAACUAGAACAUUUGCUCAGGUCUUUCAGUGCUCAUUCCAUAAGUUCAUAUCACCUUCGACGUAAUCACAUAAAUCAUUGCAACCCAGUUGUAUUUGUUUCACCUACCAAUAGUUUAAAAUAUCUCAGUUCCCAGUUCCCCUCAACUUAUAAAACAAAUGACAUCAAUAGUAAUUAUGUUAUGAAAUCAGCAAGAGAAAAUGUUAGUAAAUUUAGUUCAGCUGGUGUGAGUAAUUCUCUUAAAUCACAUACAGCUCGAUCUGAAAUCAAACUCCCACAUCAUUCACAAAUGGAAACACCAUUCACCAAAUGUACUAAAAUACCAUCAAACAAAAAAUUUCAUUCCCCAGGUUUUUUGAAGUGGCUUUUGGAUCGAUUUCAACAUCUUCGGCUUUCUUGGCGUCCCAGUCGCCUGUCAUGCGUUGAAGAUCAGAUUAUGCAUCCUCAGAAAGGUAAGACAUCUCAAGCAAUAAAAACUGCUAAAGAUGAGUAUUAUGUUCCCAGUCAUCCUGCAAAUCAACCACCCCAAAACCAUGCGAUAUCCUACGAUAGCUUUUCUACUAGCAACUUACGAAGAUGCUUUAGUUUGUCGGAUGGGGGGAAAUCGAAUAAAACUAACGACCAAAUUAUAAAGAACUGCAGUUCAUGCAUGGAAGCAUCGUUCUCUUCAGGGAUUUUGAAUGCAGAAAUUAACGGUAAAGGUAGCAGAAAACGAUCAAGUUGUCCAAGUAAACAAUUACAUUUGUCUUCUCAAAAAGACAUUCAUGGGAACCAUUCAGUAGCAUCCUUAACUGUUAGCUCAUUAUCUUUUUCGAAAAAUCAUUUUCUAAGUCAAAAUCACGGUAUUAAAUCAGUACCACGUCUAAUUACUUCACCCCAUACUCUGGUGCGUAACUCUUCAAAGAAUGGCUCGAACUUUUCUAUACAACACAGUGGCCGGACGUCUACUAUGCGAGAUAGUGGGUUUGUAGAAGGACUACAUCGCCCUUUCAUAUCUGGUUCUUUUAUACAAUCUAAUUUCUCGAAAUCCUCCGAAAGUUCCCGUAUGCAUCAUGAUCCUAGAUCAGAUAGUUUGCGAAAAGUGUCUAUUAACUCCUCAAAUCUUUGGUGGUACAUAGGAUCCAGCCGCUUGGCACCUUCUAUAAAAGCUUCCAGGCCACAAUUCAUUACUUCUAAUAAUAUGUGA